AUGGACGAUGAACUGAUCGCCAACUUUACCGCCAUCACCUCGGCCACGCCCGAACGUGCUCGCCAGUACCUUACUCUGACCGACAACAACCUCGAACAGGCCAUACAACUCUACUUUGACAGCGAUGGCGCCGACAUGGGCGCCGCCAUGCCCCAACAAUCUGCUCAGCCCGCUGCUCAGCCAGCAUCCCACCGCUACAGCCAGGACGACAAUGGCAUUGUGACGAUAGAUUCAGACGACGAUGACGCCCCCUACGAAGAUGAUGAGGCCAUGGCAAGACGUCUGCAGCAGGAGGCUUAUGGUACCGCUGGCGGGGAAGAAGAAGUCAGAGCCCCCAUGCAAAGAACUACCGAGACGCUUGUCGGCCCUGGCUCCAGAUGGGCUGGCGACGAUGAGGACGACAUCAACGCUGCCGUCCAGGAGCAGAUGAUGGCACGCCAGAGAAGAUUCUCCGUAUGGGACGACGAUGCCAACCCCGGCUUCGCCAUCCCUUCCGAUCCCGAAACCCAUCGCCGCAAUCUCGCUCGUGCUACUGGAGGUGCCUCAGAACAAUCGUCCAAGUCAACUCUGCUUGCCGAACUCUUUAGACCGCCUACCGAUCUCAUCUCACCCCUGUCAUUCCAAGAUGCUCGCGAUGAAGGCAAGGAGGACGAGAAGUGGAUAAUUGUCAAUGUCCAAGAUCCCUCCAUCUUCGACUGCCAGGUUCUGAACCGUGACAUCUGGAAGAACUCGCAGAUCAAAGAGACUAUCCAGGAAAACUUCAUCUUCUUGCAGUACUCCAAGGACGACCCGCGCGGCACUCAAUAUGUCCAGUACUACUUCCAAAACAGAGACAGCGACGACGCAUACCCACACAUCGCCAUUGUUGACCCCCGGACUGGCGAGCAAGUCAAGGUCUGGUCAGGUGCUCCCGUCCCGAAACCCGCAGACUUCCUCAUGGAUCUGCACGAGUUCCUGGACCGUUACAGCCUGAAGGCAUUCGCGAAAAACCCGGUGGCCACCCGUAAGCCUGAGAAGAAGUCCAAAGAUGUUGACAGAAUGAGCGAGGAGGAAAUGUUGGAGAUGGCAAUGCAAAACAGCCUGCAACAAGGUGGUGCAGCCAUCAAGGAUGAUGACCCUGAUGCCCUCACCAAGGCAGACUCAAGUAAGGGCAAGGGUGCAGCUGUCGACCCGGACGCCAUGGACAUUACCGAUACAGGAGUUCCGAUCGAGAACGCAGAGACAGAACCUUCAGCAUCACAAGCUGGUCCUUUCGCACAAAUCGCAUCUGACAAACCUCACACUGAGCCUACGGACCCGGCUUCCUCGACUCGUAUCCAGUUCAGAUACUCUGGUGGAAGACAGAUCCGACGCUUUGGACUACAAGAAGAGGUCCGCCGCAUGUACGAGUGGCUCAAAGCAUCGCCUGUCGAAGGCAAGCAAGGUGUCGACUUUGAGUUUGUCUUCAUGGGCCGCAACCUGAUUGAAGCAUUGGACCAGACCAUCGAGGAGGCUGGGCUCAAGAACGGUUCAGUCAUGAUCGAGUUCUUGGAGUAA